GCUCGAGGCGCAAAGCUGCCCCAAACGCCAUCGACGCGUGCGCUGGUCCGCAUCGAUGGACGAGAAGCUGCCCUGAGCCAAUAGAUGCCAAUGCGAACACACAUGAGGUGAUCUGAAUACUAUGCUGCUGCUGCUGGCACUGGCAGCGGUACGCGCCCACGCGAAGGUUGUUGACAACGCCGACUUCUGGACGCAAUCGCUGGACUGCCCGAGGCCUCCGACUCGAACGGCCACGUUCCUCACGCCCGACGGGUCUAACGCGGCCGACGUCCUUGGUAGCACGACGGGAGCGUUCCUAACAAUCCUCCACGAGCAUCUCGAUCGCACGCCGUGCAUCUUCGCGCGCCUCGCGAACACCGUCAAACCGUUCCGCUUCAAGCGGUUCGUGAUCGUCGUCGAUAGUGCCGAGAAGACCGCGGCCGGCACGGCGCGCGCGACGGAGCGUCUGGACGCCUUUGACGGAGCCUGGCUCAACACGACAUGUGCCUUCGCGGACGAGGUGCGCGUCGCCGUGCUGGAUCACGGUCCGACUCCGAAUGCCCUAGCGCGUGCGACGCUGGCACGAGUCACGACAAACGUGACGGGGGUCUGGGGUCGCCGUGACGAACUCUACAAGAACGGGCUUCAGUACCUGGCGCUGGUCUCGGGCUGUGUGGAAAUCAACCAGUGAGUUAGAUUUGGGGCGCCCGAAAUUUGAUUUCCACACAGGUCUCGGGCGUCCUCCUGCCGCUGCGCUACGUCUUCAACGUCGACGAGGAACUGUCGCUGGGCUGGCUUGAGACCGGGUCUCCAAGGACGGUGGAGGCGCCGUUUUCGGCGUUCCUGGCGGCGGCUGUCCGAGACUUCGCGCGCUCGUCCUGGUUCGCGGGGUAUUCAGUCCAAGAAUGUGUGCGCGCCUGCGACGAUUCCCGAUGUAGCUUUGUGCCACAUCACGGCCGCUGGGUCUUCGAGGCCGCCUUAUUCCACGUCGAGCGCUUGUCGAGUUUUCUUCAGAAGCGACCGCUCUCGCAUGAUGAUCUUUUUAUGCACCCGGAGGCGAUGCUCAACCGCUGGUCGCACGCCCAGCACGGCGCCAUGCUGAAUGCCAAGUUGGGGGAAGUGUCUCGGGCUGUGUGGAAAUCAACCAGUGAGUUAGGUUGGUCGCGUCGAUGGCGUGGGGCGCCUGAAGUUUGAUUCCCACACAGGUGUCGGGUUGCGCGGUCGCUGCGGGGAGAAUGUAAAGUGGCCGUCCUCUCAGGGCGGCGCGGCCGAUGCGUUCGGAAGGACGGGCGCCGCCUCGUGCUCCACUGGGAGACCAAGGGCGAGUACGCAUGUGUGUUGGAGGCACCAUACAACGUGCCGCAGUGCCACCGGGGGGAAUGUUAGUUUUUGUGUGCUAGUG